AUGUCUGUGGAAACUUCAGUCACAUUCUGUCUUCUUCUGCUUAUGAUCUCAUCGACAGUGGCUCAGGACUGCUCCAAGCCCUGUGCCUGCCCUGAAAACCCCCCACCCUGCUCAGUUGGGACCAGCCUGGUCCUGGAUGGCUGUGGCUGCUGUAAGGUGUGUGCUAGGCAGCUGGGGGAGCCCUGCUCCCUGCUGGAGCCUUGCGAUCAUCACAAGGAGCUCUACUGUGACUACGCACUGCUGAGUGACACUGAGACUGGCAUUUGCAUAGCUCAGGAGGGUCAGACGUGUGACCUGGGUGGAGUGAUCUACCGCAGUGGAGAGUCCUUUCAGCCCAGCUGUAAGCACCACUGCGUGUGUAUGAACGGAGAGAUCGGCUGUGUUCCCACAUGUGCCAGUGAUGUCUGGCUGCCCACCCCUGACUGCCCGUACCCACGACGCAUCCACAUCCCUGGGAAAUGCUGUGAGGAGUGGGUGUGUGACGAGACACCUCAGGAACACCACUACCAGUCAGUGAUGGCCGCUUCUCAGAUUCAUCCCUUGCCUUCUUCAAAUCCGGUCUUCAGACAAGUGUCCUCUCAUGAGCCGGUAGCAGAGAGUCCCAGAGAUAACUGCAUAGUCCAGACUACAGAGUGGAGCGAGUGCUCAGCCACCUGCGGCAUGGCCGUCUCAUCCCGCAUCACCAACGACAACCAGCACUGCCAGCUGGAGAGGCAAACCAGAAUCUGCAUGGUCCGACCCUGCAACAGCCAGCAGGACAAAGACAUCAAGAAGGGUAAGAAAUGUGUCCGGACACCAAAGGCCCAGCGGGGGAUGCGUUUCGAGCUGUCGGGCUGCUCCAGCACCAGACUAUACAAACCUAAGUUCUGUGGCGUCUGCACCGACAACCGCUGCUGCACACCUCAUACCACCAUCACUGCAGAAGUGGAGUUCCGCUGUCCAGAGGGAGACGUCUUCACGAAGAAGAUGAUGUUCAUCAAGACAUGCUCCUGCCAUUAUGACUGCCCACGAGAUAACGACAUCUUCCUAGCAUCCAACACGCGGAGGAUGAUUGGUGACUAUGACAAUGACAUGUGA